AUGGAACAACAACAACAACAACGCAAAAUUAGUCGCUUUGUAGUGAACGAGGACAUGAUCAGUGAGUUGCCUGAAGAUUUGCUUCUGCGGAUAUUGUCUUCACUUCCGACAGAAAUUGCUAUAACCACUAGUGUUCUGUCUAAACGGUGGAGGUCUCUUUGGAAGAUGUUGCCAAAUCUCAAAUUUAAUUCUGGCUAUCACCAUACAUUUUCAGAGAAUAUUUGCAGUUCUUUAGUUCUACAUAAAGCUCCGGUUCUAGAGAGUUUGCGUGUGGAGGUUGCAGAUGACAGUGAAGCUUUGGAUGUUGGAAUAUGGAUUGGAAUUGCUUUUGCACGCCAUGUGCGCAAAUUGGUACUCAGUUUUCCAUUUCAAUAUAAAAUUUCAGUAAGAUUUCCGGUUGCUUUGUGUAGUUUCAAUAAUACACUAGAGAGCUUGACACUCAAGUUUACAAUUCUUCUAGACUUUCCUUCUCGGGUCUGUUUCAAGUCCCUUAGAGAGUUGCAUCUUUACUAUACACUAUUCAAAGAGGAAGAAUCUGUUUCAAACCUUUUAUCCGGCUGUCCUAGUCUUGAAGAUUUGGUGUUGCAUCGGCUAAGAAAUUACGACCAUGUGGAAACUUUAACUAUUGCGGUGCCAUCGUUACAGAGACUAACCAUUGAAGAUGAUCUCUAUGGACGUGUUAAAGGCUAUGUGAUAAUUGCUCCUUCUUUGAAAUACUUGAUCAUCAAUGGGUUCGAUGGGGUUGAAUUUUGUCUGAUUCAGAAUGUGCCAGAGCUGGUGGAGGCAAAAAUCACCAAAAUUUUUAAUAAUAUCAAUGAGAACAUUCUGGAACCUCUAACUUCAGCCAAACGUCUUUCCUUAGACUUUUCACCCUCAAAGGUAAUAUUUUGAUUUUAAGUUUUUCUCUCUACAACUUGGCUAACAUUGUUUUGUGUACUACCAAUGUUGCCUGACGAUACACAGAUUAAGUAUCCUACUGGUAAAAUCUUCUAUCAGCUUCUAUCUUUGGAGCUGCAUACAAACGAAGAAGAGUGGUGUAAUCUUCUUUCGCUCAUGCUCGAUGGUUCUCCUAAAUUAAAAAUUCUCAA